UCUAGCAUAUAACAAUUUUUUUAAUGUUCUAAGAUAACUACCGACAUUACUUUUACAUUGUAUAGGAAAGUUUCACAUCGACAGCUGCUCAUUUACUUCCCCCUGUUGAUGUCUUUUCGGUUAUUUGUGUUAAAAUGUCGCUUUUAUGUAACCCUCACGUAGCGCACUUUUAACGGCAAAUAUAGCCCAUAAUAUAAAGAUUAAUAGGAAAUUGGUCCCAACCACUGUAUUACAUUUCUAGUUAGUUUAACUUUUAAAUCAAUCAUUAAAAUAUCGUUUUUACCAGUUCAAAAGGCGGUAACAGGGAAUGAAUAUCCAGACUAAUGGUAAAGGCUUAUCGCUUAGUUAAGUCUGUUUAAACCAAGUCUGUUCGCAGUUACUUCCGGUCGAAGCAGUCGAUUGUUUUGGGUUUUCUCAGUUAAUUGAUUAUUGCUAUGACAAUUAAAACCCCCAAAAAUGAGAAUGCAGAAGGAUGGGGAACAAUAACCAAAAACUUCCGCUAAGAAAAGCUCAAUCAGUUCCAGGAUCUCAGAUAAUUGUAGCUUGACCCCAGCUAUGUAUGCUCAGGCAGCAUUUGGCAGUAACUGUGUGCAACUCUUACAUUGGUUUUCCCUGUUCAGCAAAUUAAAGAAGUUUUUACAAGCGACUAAUCCAGAUUUUGUGAGAGGGAAUAAGACACGAGGCUCUGAGCGCCUCGUUCGGGGUAAAUCCCAGGAUGAGCUAGAUAAAGGAUCUGAAGGUGCCCAAUGGUCAGUACCUUUGGUUGAGGCCCUCUUCCUGCCCGACUUUCCAGUCAGGGGUAGUCUCGAGGAGCAGGAGUUUGAGGUAGUGGAUGUCAUCGCUAAGGGAGCCUACGGCAAUGUUUUACGUGUCAGGAGGGAGGAUGAGAAGCAGGUGUACGCAAUGAAGGUGAUGAGUAAAACUCAAAUCAUUGUAGAGGGUGCUAUACAGCAGUGUAAAGACGAGGCAGCUAUACAGGCAAUGCUUGGUGAUCACCCGUUUAUUGUGAAGUUACAUGAAUAUUGGCAAUCAAAAAAGUUUUUGUAUAUAGUUUUAGAUUAUAUUCCAUAUGGCGACACUUUCACCUUAUGGACAUUCCAUGGCUAUUUUCCGGAACAACUGGUGAAAGUAUUUGUAGCAGAGAUGGCCAUGGUUUUAGAUUAUCUACACAAGUCUGGUGUUAUUUACAGAGAUAUCAAGAUGGAAAAUAUACUAUUAGAUGUUAAUGGACACAUACAGCUAACAGACUUCGGUCUUUCCAAAUGGCUAAAUAUCAGGGAGAGGACGCGGACAGUCUGUGGGACGUUGCAAUAUAUGGCUCCGGAGGUGCUUUCUGCUCAGGCCUAUGGUCACACUGCUGAUUGGUGGUCCCUCGGAAUUCUCAUGUUUGUCAUGUUGGCAGGCAAGUACCCAGCAGAGGGCGCAUCUGAUCACAAGGAGAUGGCCACAAAAGUAUUUGACUGUGAUUACUUAUUACCAAACUUUGUCAGCGACCGAGCACAGGAAGUCAUUGAUAAGCUUUUAAUGAAAAGACCGGAGAGACGACUAUCAGAUCUCUUUACUUUACAGAAUAUGCCAUUUUAUCGACUUUUCGACUUCACAAGUGCUAUAGAAAGAAAAAUCAAUCCUAAGACUGUGGUACCAGAAGACUUUUUCCCCAUGACAGGUGUGAGCUUCAGCUACUCCCCAAACACAGAACCUCCAGAGGAAGAUGAAUUUGCAGAGUUUGACUUUGUAUGGAACCUACCUUCUGAUGCUGAACCAGUGUUCGUAUGAUAGACUUCUUAGUGACACCAAUUCUCAAACUUGCUCAAGGUCAGACCUGUGUGGUACAGGUCAAGGUCAAACAUGUGUGGAACAGGUCAAGGUCAGGCCUAUGUGAUACAGGUUAAGAUCAGACCUGUGUGGUACAGAUCAAGGUCAGACCUAUGUGGUAUAAGUCAAGGUCAGGCCUCAGAGAUACAGGUCAUACAUGUAUGGUACAGGUCAAGACCAGACUCCAUUUGUACUGGCCAGUGGUAGGAUUUGUGACAAGGUCAGUUAUGAAGGCCAUUUGAAUGUGAAGCUGAUUUUAAUCAAUUAUUAAAAUUAUUAAAAUAUUUGUGAGAACCAAAGAUGGACAAGAUACACCACUGGAAAGUUUUAGAAAGUUCUACUUGUAACUUUUCAGAUAACCAUUGACUUGGAACCAGUAAACCAGGUCAGUCACUUGUGCUGAUAUUGUUCAGGAAUCAGUCUUCUAAAGAAGAUGGAGAUGAUAUUAAGUUUCAGGAUAAAUAAAAUCCAUUCUGUUGUUGUUGUUCAUAGGAAACAUCAUUCAGAAGUUCAAUGUCCUUUUGUUGACUGAAUAGAAAGGAAAAGCUUGACUUUGAGUUAUUUUACAUAAUUACCUCCAGCAUUUAUCUCCUGAUACACUGCUGACUUGAUGUUGUGUCUCUAGUCCAGUAGUUAGAACUUGAACACCAUACAACAACAGAUCAUCUGUGACUCCCUUGGGCCCCAAUUUCUGUGUUAAGGCACCUCGUACAUUAGCCUAAUGGUGAAGAGGAAAUAUGUGUGGGGGGUAAUUUAAUACAAACCAUAUAAUAUCAAUGAAACUUUGUUUCAAUCAUUCCUAGGGCUCUCACUAAGACUAAAUAUCAGGUGCAGAGAUUAGUGUUACAGUAUUACAAGUUUGCUCAUGUAUCAAUCUAACUUUUCCUCCACUUGUAAUAUUGACUACACACAAUGUGUCAGUGUUGGAGCUCACAUCAACUAUACCAACAUGAAACAUACUGAAAAUAAAUCCCUGUUAACAGUAACCAGCUGUAAGGGCCACUGAAGAUGCUGACGUAGAACCCUACCCUUCUAAAUUAACUAGCCCCAUAGUCAUAACACUGGUCUCAUGCUCAAAUUAAAGGUACGUGGUACGACUGAAUAUCUUGUAACUAAAUUAAUGAGAUCUUUAACAGAAUCAAAAUGUUAACACUAAAUAUGGUAUUCCGCUACUGAUUUUUGUUGAAGAACCGGCAGAAUUAUACAAAAUUUAAAAACGUAUUUUUCAAUCGUAUUAUUAAUUGAGCUGGAGCUAAGGAUAUGAGAUGGAGUGCAGCUUUGUGAAUACAGGGCCUAGUUUCUUGACAUGAAUACUGUUCAUACAACUAAUGCUUGCCUCAAUGAUGCAAAAUUUCAAUAUGAAUGUUUCCGGAACCCAUAUCAGGUUACAUUUAGUGUAUAUAUUGAGUGAAUGAAGACUGAUAAGUGGUUGAAGUGGGUAUGGUAGAAAAUUAAUCAAGUUUACAGAGUAUAUUAUGAUGUCUUCAUUAAUUGUGAUUUACUGUCUACUUCAAAUUAUUUGUAUUUUAUUGUCAAACAUUUUCAAGAAUUCCACUUGUUAUGAUAUAUACAAUCUUAGUGUUGUAUGUGCUAUCUGUUGUAAUGUUGGCCAUGUACUUUCUUACUAAAAUUGGAUGGGAAUUAUUAACUUUUCCUUUUACACAUUCUUCUGGCCAAAUCGUAUGUUGGGCUGUAUAGUGGUAAUCUGAAAUAGCCAAAUCUUUUAAAAGUUGUAUAAUUUUCCUAUUGACUUGUUAUUUCUAUAUUUGUACCAUUUUAUCUACUGUUAAAGGUAAUUCCCUCUCUACAUUUAGAGUUACUUCCCUUCUCGCCAUAAGAGUUAUUUCCCUUCUUUACUCUAAGAGUUACUUCCCUUCUCUAAUUUCAUAUAAUAUGAUAGUUUUUUCUCCUUCAGAGUUUUAUUAACAAAUUAUAAUCAUGCGCAACAGAAUUUCCAAUUGUAGAAAUACUUAUUACUAGUGACGUGCCAUCUUUGUAUAACCACACUUUCUGUCUUCCAUUAAUAGAUAUAAGUGCAUAUAUAUGGAGGAGGUUUUACUGUAGUGUUUCCUGACUUCUUUGUAUAAAAUUUAAUUAUCGGUUUCUACUCAAAUUUUUGUUAUUAAUAAUUGUUAUAUGUGAAUGUUAUCUUAAGGGUGCAUUAAUGUAGAUAAGUAACAUUCAAACAUUGCUCACAUUUAGCUAUUGCUUUUUUCUUUGGUUUGCUUAGCUUCCUAUUAACUUAUACAGCAAUUUUAUCCAACAAUUCAAUGUUCAUUCUACCAUUGGAUAUGCAAACUUCCUGGGGUGCGAAAACAAGAAAUUGUAAAUUACUGGAGCAGCAUGAAAUAUAUUUCCUAAUUUAGUCUCUAAUGCUUUAACUGUACUUUCAAAGACAAAAUAUACGGUAUAAUAAAUAUCUGUUAAAUAGGAGUUGGAGGCAACUCAUAGUGUCAAGAUAACUCUAUAUUGUUGAAACGUUUUUUUGUAUUGAUUAACAAAGCUGAUAAUGUAAAAUCACAGUGCCAUAUAAAACUGAAUAGUGUGAAUUGAAAAAUGUUAUAUGAUAAUUAACUGCUAUGAUUUCUAUAUAAUUCCCAAUUUUAAUGUAUGUAUGAUUUUUUUUCUCAAAGUAAGGAGUAUGAGAGCUGUUCAUUAGAAUCAAUAUCUGUAGAUUCUACUUGCUAUUCUCCCCCCAAGUUUUGAAAUAUUCUCUAGCUCCUGAUUUGAAACAGUAUAUGGAUUUCAGAAGUAAAUUAUAUUAAAUGCACUUUGUUUCUUGAAAUGUGCCCAUACGAUAUAUUUAUGGAUAUAUGAAUUCACAAUUGAGAGGAUGCUAUUCUAUGAAGUUAAUACAGUAUUUGCUUAAAUCUCUUGAAUGUGUCUCGUCAAGUAUUUACGCUAAAGAUAAUCAUUCAUGGAAACAAAAGUGAUUUGGUUGUCAAGGAAGGGUGGACACUCUGGUUGUAUAAGAAUACAUAGCUCACAGUUUAUUGCAGUUAACUCUAGUAGAAAGUAUAGUGAUGAUACAUGCUACGUGAACCUCGUAAUUUACUUUAAUCUCUUCCAAGAAUUUCUACAUGUAAAAUAAAACUUCAAAUGACCUGGGCUAUUGUCGGGACGUAAAACCCCUGAAACGAAACCCUUCUGUAACUAAUGUUAAUUAAUCAAUGCCACAUUAGCAUACACAACAUUACAUUUACAUUGCUAUUGAUGAAAGAACUCUGACGUAACGUAGAUUAAUUCUUUUAACCCUUUCACCACUGUAGACCAUAAUGGACUUAACCAGAUCAAUGCAUGGUAGAGUUUACUGAAGUUACAUAGAGGUGAAAUGGUUAAGGGAGAUAAAGUCCUAGAUAGAUAAUAUGUAAGGUAACAUAUAUACUUAAGUAGGUAGUACACAGUAAAUACGUUACUCAACAGAAUACGGGAAGUUAUCAGUGAAACUGUUAUAUUUACUUUGUUUGUAUAAGAAAACAAAUAUAUGAUUUCUUUAUUAUAAUACAACGGAAAACUAAAUAUCGCUGAUUCAGAGGUCAGUUAAUCUUUAUAACUUUUUUCUAAACAAUUUACUUUCUUGAUGCUGCUAUCAAGAACUGAGUUGCUUCACCAACAACUUUAAUGACAGUUAUCCAGUGACUUUGUUAUUCUGAAAAAUAUUUUUGGUACGAAAAAAUCUAGAACUUAUUACAAUCUAGACUGUUAAAUGUAUCCAUUACCAUCUAGACCAUUAAAUGUAUCCAUUACAAUCUAGACCAUUAAAUGUAUCCAUUCAUUUUAGACCAUUAAAUGUAUUCAUUACAAUUUAGACCAUUAAAUGUACCCAUUACAACCUUGACCAUUAAAUAUAUUCAUUACAAUCUAGCCCGUUAAAUGUAUCCAUUACAAACUAGACCGUUAAAUGUAUCCAUUAAUUUUAGACCAUUAAAUGUAUUCAUUACAAUCUAGACCAUUAAAUGUACCCAUUACAACCUUGACCAUUAAAUGUAUUCAUUACAAUCUAGGCCGUUAAAUGUAUCCAUUACAAACUAGACCGUUAAAUGUAUCCAUUACAAUCUAGACCAUUAAAUGUAUCCAUUACAAUCUAGACCAUUAAAUGUUAGCAUCAAUAUCCUAGUCUGGACCAUUAAUACUUUACUUAGAUAUACUAGUCUGGACCAUUAAAUGUAUUCUCUUAUAACCCAGUUUUUAUCGUACCAAUAGAAAUGUCUAAGAUAUACCUGUAUUAACCUGGACCAUCAAACGUUUAGCCAGAUGGAUUUUACAUUGUAUCAGUUUGGACCAUUAAAAAUAUACAGAGAUGUACAGUACCAGUCAAAACCUUUAUUAAACCAGUCACAAUUAAUUAAGGUACAUUUCAACCAUUGAUCUUGCAUCCUGACCCAUUAAAAUUAGGCAUGAUUUACAAGUCUGACCAAAUAAACCUAUAUAUACCAGCUGGAUCAUUGAAAAUGUAAGUGUAGUUGAACACAAAUCUGAACCAUUAAAAAAUAGUCUUAACCAUUAAUUAGACCUAUUGAAAGUGUCCUCUAAUAUACAAAUAUGAUCCAUUAAAUGAUUUUAUCCUCAGAUAUACAAGGGUUACCAAUCGGUCACCUAUUUAUAGUAACUAUGGACCAUUAAAAAUAGACCUACUACCAACACAACAGUGGGAACAAGUCUUAUAAUUUAUUCCAUAUUUUAUAUUUUCUACCAUGGCAGGGAAUGCUAUCUUUUCCUCAUCAUGUUCUUAAUGUAUUAGGUUUAUAAAAUAGCUAGAAACAUUUCCAAAUACAGAUAAAAUAGAUAGUCAUUCAAACACUGUUCAUUAGCUCUGUUAAGUAAUGAUCACAUGAAAUUUUGGAAAAAAUACCAGUGGCAAAUUUAACCAUACAUGCUCAUGAAUGUCACGGUUUUGUAUUAGUUCCAUACUUUAACCUUUCUAAUAUCACUGUUACCCCUGUACACUUAAAACAUUUACAAUCACUUCAAAUCACAAGGGAUGAUCUGUGAUGCCUUGUUUAACAAGAUAUUACUUUUGUGAAAUCUGUGCCUCUGACAAAAAUAUUUGUUUUUAAUUUGUAAACCUCUUUGAUCUCAAUUGAAACCUGAAUGCCCCCUCCUGAUAUUGCCUGUAACGCUAUAUGCUUUCCUUGUCAAGACGCUUGACUGAUGAUCUGAAUCUGUGUACGCAAUAGCUUUAGAUGUUGUGUAUUUUUAUUGUUGUAUGAAUUAUAAAUGCCACAUUGAAAUAUUUUUAAGAUUUGUUUAUUAUUAAUUGAUGCAAUAAUGUGAUUUAUGUUAAAUUAUUGGGUGAGAUGGUUGUUAUACUAACAUAACAUGUUUGUUUGCCAGAUUUUGUUAUUUUUGCCUUGAUUAGUAAUGAUCUACACAUGUACUACACAGUGAUAUUCACUGAAUAAUACAUGCAAUGUUUUAAGGCAGUAUGUCAUCCACUCAUUUUGAUAUAAGGGAGUUCUGCCCGAAGAAAAUGAAGUUAAUAAUAGAUGACUGUGUAAUUAAGCGGGGGGCACAUUUGAAAAAUACACAUGAAUACAUUGAUAACACACCCACUAUCAAACUUCUGAAAAAUACACAUGGAUACAUUGAUAACACAUGCACUAUCAAACUUCUGAAAAAUACACAUGGAUACAUUGAUAACACAUGCACUAUCAAACUUCUGAAAAAUUAGGUACAAUAGUCUUUAUUAGUAAUGUUAUAGGGAGAUAACUUCAAAACAGAUGAUAUUGUUGUAAAUUAGUAUACAUUUUUAUGUUUGUCUCUACCCCAAUCUUGGCUUACCAGUAUUUUUGCUAAACCUUAACUAGAUGAGAUGCUGGUCAGUGACACUGCUCAAUUCAUACCUAUUUUGAUUUUUCUUGUAUGUGGUUUUAGAAGCACAAAUCAGGGUUGUGUUAUGGUUUAUUUACCUUUUAUACAGGAAACCUAUAUAUUGCGACACCGCCAUAACCAGGACAUGUUGAUUUUUGUGCACUUUGGAAUGUCAUUACAGUUUAAACACAUUCUCUUUAAAGUUGAACGUUUGUUUAUAUUACGGCAAAAAUGAAUACUUCUGUAAGUAACAUUACUGGAAUAAUUCUGGAUUUACCAAUUUUCAAGAUGAUACAAUAAUGUUUAGGAUGGUUUUCUGAAAUUUGCAGAUGUAAAUGAAUGUCAAAACCUAGAUAUCUCAAAUUUGUACAUCAUACACAUAUUGUUAGAAAUGAUCAAAGUCACAUUCUGAGUGUCUGAAUAAGGUCACAAUAAGAGAUGAAAUGAGGUCAGUUUACCUUGAUGAAAAAGAUAACAAUAGAUGUGUCUAGUCAUCUGUGUAACCAUCAAUGGUGUGUCUCUGACAUUACACUGUACAGUACCCUUCUGUAUCAUGGAAAGUAAUUGUAGUGGGAAAAUCUUUCACCCUGUUUCAUGUGCAUGAUGUCACAAUGGGAUAAUGAUGACGUGAUGUCACAAAACGGGAUAAUUUAGAUGCUACUAGGCGCAAAGUGUAACACUUAUUUUUGUGGUUUCUGAGCUAAUUCUGGUGAUUGGAUUUAGAGAAAAAUACUUUAUCAUUCCCAGGGGUAUUAGACAGGGAAAUUCAACCCUUAGGAUUUUCAAAUUGAUGCAAAACACUCAGCAAGCUUUGGGUUUUACCCACUUUGGAAACCACUAGGGUGGAAUUUCCCUAUCAUGCAUCCCAGGAUAUGAAAGAGCCUUAUAGUCAUGUUGUUGUUAUUGGCUAGCUAUGCAAAACACCAGGACCGUUGUCGGAUUGUAUGUGUAAUGUUUGAUUGAUAUUGUUGUGUCAUGCGUUUAUGAGUCUUACAAUAAUGAAAAUUGGAUUUAUAAUUGCAAUUAAUUACAUCUUGGCAUGACAUUAAGGUUGAUGUGUGUGGUACCAUAUACAUUAAAGAUGUAUGAAACCAUGACAAAAAAUUAACUCAUUCACCCCUGAAGACACAUUUGAACUCUUCCAAUUCAAAGGUUGGAAUAGUUUAAUACGGAAUUUCAGGGGUAAACGAGUUAAAACUAAGAGCAUUACCAGCAAGCUGUGAAGGUAUGAUAUAUGGUGCAUUUCUUGUUGCAUCUGUGAAAGAUCUACUUGUCAGGGCACUCCGGACAGGGGUCGGGUUGGAAUAGAUUUAUUGUUAGUGUCAUAAUGGCCAACAUAAUGCUGUCACAACAUAACAACAUAGGAACAUUAAGAUAACGUCACAAGAACGGUAAAUUGUAAUUUCACCAGUAGAUUUUAUGGGAUAAACGUGCAAAUUGGGAAAGAAACUCAUUACAAAUGUUGAUAAUCUUUGUUUUGGAGCAUAUUAUUGAUAGAAAAGAAUCACCUCCCAGGAAAGUCUUAACCCUUGGGGUGAGAUUCAUAAUGCAAGCCUUUUGUUUGACAAUCAAGCAUAUCAUAAUUUUAGUUGAGAUAUCUCUGUCAGACCUUCACAGUUCUCUGUGUAGAGGAGUGAUCUGCCCCAUUUCUGUAGUGAUGUGAAGAAUUUCUCCGGUGAAAAUAUUUGGGUUUUAGAUGAUCAAAAGCAAAAUCUGGUUCAUCACAGAUCAUAAGUUUUACUGAUGAUAAUGACGUUAACUUUAAAAUUGAAAGAGACAAAGAAACAUGAACUGAAUUAAGUGAAAAUUGGUAGAAAUCUUUUUUUUCAUCAAGUUUAUCCAUAAUACAUUUAUUCCAAUUUUUGUCUAUGGUACAGGAGUGAAUAUUGAAAAAAUAAAUAAGGAAA